AUGUCACAAGCAAUAUUUAAAAGAGUUGGAAAUUAUGUUAGAGAAAGUUAUCCAAUUUAUGUUGGUAGCAAGGCAGUGACGUCGACACCAUUGAAUCGAUUGGGAGUAGUUGAUAAAUACACUAAUCAAGUGGUGAGUCAUGUGCCAAUGGCAGACAAGAAGAUUAUAAACGAUGCUAUCAACCAGGCCGUGCAAUCAGAGAGCAAGAUGAAGUCGCUGACUGCAUCACACCGCAAGGACGUGUUGCUCGACAUGGCCAACAAGAUUAAAAACAGAGCUGACGAAUUGGCAGCAACGAUUGUAGUAGAGGUUGGUAAACCAUUGGCUGACGCACGUGCAGAGGUUGGUCGUGCAAUCGACACGUUUACAGUGGCUGCUGAAGAGGCGAUUCGACAAAACGGUGAGUACAUUCCACUCGACAUAUCGGCCAAAAACAAUGGCUUCCAAGCCAUCUCAAAGCGAUUCCCCGUCGGUGCAGUGUCUAUGAUUGCUCCAUUCAACUUUCCCCUCAAUCUAUGUGCACACAAGAUCGCACCUGCUAUCGCUGCAGGUUGUCCAUUUGUUCUCAAGCCAUCGGACCGUACACCUAUCAGUGCCAUAUUGCUCGGUGAGAUGUUGGCCGAGUGCGAUCUCCCCGCAGGCGCAUUCUCCAUCUUCCCCACAGAGUUGGCCGAUGCCCCCAUACUCAGUAAAGACGAGCGAUUCAAACUAGUCUCGUUUACUGGGUCACCUCAAGUAGGCUGGAAGAUCAAAGAUGAGGCCGGUCGCAAAAAGGUCGUGUUGGAGCUCGGAGGCAAUGCCGCCUGCAUCGUCGACGAGGCCAUCAAAGAGUCCUAUUUGCACCAUGUUGCCGCACGUAUUCUCUUUGGCGGUUUUUACGCUGCUGGACAGAGCUGCAUCUCUGUGCAACGUGUUUACAUCCACGAGAGACACUACAACCAACUCAAAACCAUCUUGUUGGAGCAGACUCAACCCCUCUCCAAGCGUCGUGGCGAUCCAAUGAACAUCAACACUUUCCACGGCCCAAUGAUCGGUGAAAACGAUGCCAUUCGUGUCGAGAAAUGGGUCAAUGACGCCGUCUCCAAGGGUGCUACCCUCUUGACUGGUGGUAAGCGUGACAAGGCCUUUUUUGAUCUAACUAUCCUCGAAAACGUCCCACAAACCUGCGAUGUUAGCUGCAAGGAGAUCUUUGGCCCAGUCUUUGUCAUUGAGAAAUUCACAGACUUUAAAGACGUUGUCAACCGUGUAAAUAAUUCAGAGUUUGGACUUCAAGCCGGUGUCUUUACCGAUGACAUCCAUAAAGCUCAUUAUGCAUUCAAUCAUAUCGAUGUUGGUGCUGUUGUCAUUAAUGAUAUUCCUUCUGUUCGUGUUGAUUCUCAAGCUUAUGGUGGAAUCAAAGGAUCAGGAUUAGGAAGAGAAGGUGUAAAGAAUACAAUUGAAGAAUAUACUGAAUUGAAAUUAAUGAUUAUGAAGGAUGUUGGAAAAUUAUAA